AUGACGCUGGACCUAACGCAUGGUUUAUUGAAGGAUCUUAAGAAACUUCAUGAGUCCGAUGAGGAUUGUAACGUCAUCCUAAAAAUUGGUAGAGGGUUCGAUAUAAAUAGUUUCAAUGCACAUUCAGUAAUAUUAAAGGCCAGGUCACAAUUUUUUAAGGAUGCCUUAAAGGAUCUUAAAAGGAACAACAAAUUAUUUAGGAAAGAAAAUUUUAUCACUUUGGAAGUACCUAAUAUCUCUGCUGAUGCUUUUAAAGUUAUUUUAAAAUAUAUUUACAUGGGAACCAUUUCCUUGAAUGAAAUCGCAAAUCAAGAAUCCGUGCUAUUCAUGCUUGACUUAAUGAUCUCGGCCGAUGAAUUGCAACUUUACGAAUUAGUGGAUUACUUACAAAAUUAUAUUGUCGAGAAUUUUACAGACUGGGUGUUUAUGCUAUUAAGAAGAAGAUUAAGUAAUUUAAUCUUGCACAUUCGAUUUUUUACCAUAUCCGCUGCCCAAUACUAUGAAGAAAUUCGUCCUUUUGCCAUGGUAUUACCAGAACAAUUGAAAGAAGAUUUAGAAAGAUAUUAUAUCGUACCAAAUAGUUUACCACCAACAUAUGCGCUACCACCAAGAAUUUUGCCGAAGCGUUCAUCAAAGGUUUUUAUAGAUCAACUAGCUGCGGAACCAAAGGAGCUGGCGCCCGAUGACUGUAACGGUAGUGAUGAUAGUGCUACGUCUAAAAUGCCUAAAAAAUUUCCGACGCCCGAUGACGUCACGAUUCCUUUACGAAUCUCUACGUCAAUCUAUGCAAGAACCGAAUCACCGUCUUCCGGAGAUAGUUUAUUAUCCCCAAGUCCCGACAUAGAUUUCGACUCGAUAUUAAUUAACAGAAAUCAAAUUAAACGUAUAUCACGUUGGAUUGAUGGGAUUCAUAAUGUAGUAAUUCGUGGUAACAGAAAUAAUAUAAAUAGGGAAGGAAUUGAUGAUAUUAUCCUGAGUAGAAUAAAAAAUGCAAACGUCGCCAUUUUUGACGGAGAUAGUAAUUAUGAUAUCGGAUUUAGUGAUCUACAAUUAUUUUCCGGGAUAUACGAACAUGUAAAUUAUGAAAAGAAACUUAUGAUUGAGAAAAAUUUUUCGAUUACAAAUUACGAAGUUUAUCAGGUGAAAAUGACCUAA